AUGUCCCGCGAAGCCGGAGCUCAUGGGAACACCAUGUGGGAGGCCAUAUCGCGGAUGUUGUCUGGCUCUGAAAGGUCGAACAGCAGCGGCUUCUCCGAAAGCCUGAUCUCUGUGGCGACGCCAACUCGUCCCGAACAGCCGGUGAACAGGGAUGAGCAACCCACGGAGAGCGGCGAGGGGCACCGGAACACCUGGAUCGGCAGCGAGUCCGUCCACGAGACAGAUUGGUGGUCGGAGCGAGACUUAAUAUUUAAUCUCCAAGCUUUUCUUCCUCAUCUCCCCCCCAAGGUGAGAGAGAAACUACAAGGCAAGAAAUGACCUAGGAGCCGCGGCGCGGAUUUCGUAGGAAAAUAAUUAUAUAUUCAGCCUAUGAAAAUAUAUUCUGGGAAGGCUCAUCAGUUGUUCAUCUGUUGCCAAGUUACUACUUGAACGAGCACUUUUGGCAGAUGCCUUUCUUUUUCAUAUACAAUCCAUAUUAAUUGGCAGAUAUCUAUGCGGUUCUGUUCUCUCCGAUUCUUGGCUUACCGUUUUUUCCCUUUUCUUCCGAAGUAAUCGAAAACUAUUUUGCGUCUGAUGCACUCGUAUUCCAUUGGCGGAAAGCGUUAAAGUCGAUUUUUUGCUUCGACUUUCCGUCUCCUUGUCAGGCUGAAGACUGGGAAAUCGAAGAGGGAGCUGUAGAGUAUAUCAAAUCUCUCCGGGACGCUAUUCAGAAGCUAGAGAUGGAAAAUAAGGAGACAUCAACGAGAACCCCGGCGAGCAACCAGUCUUUGGAGAUACCAAAGCAGGAGCAGACACCUUCUGCCGCGGUCCUUCCCGUCUUGAAGACUUGGGCUUCUCCUAACGUCAUCGUUAACAUAGCUGGGCGCGACGCCCACAUAAACAUCUGCACCUUAAAGAGGACCGGCCUUCUGCCUGCCAUCGCGGAUAUCCUGGAGAAGAGGAAUCUGAAGAUGGUCUCUCUGCACGUCUCCUCUAGCGCUCUCACAACCAUCCUGAUGAUCCACGCGCAAGUAAGCUUCGGCGACACCUGUACCCCACUCAUAUCCCCCCCUCUCUAAUAGAUUACCAGUCCAUUAGAUGGACGACGAAUGCGGCCAAUAGAGAUGUUAUUGUUUCACUGAUAUAUAGUCGUAUUCUCCGAGAAUAUCAUCUGUUUUCAGAGUUCGUGUUCCUGCAUGUGGUGCCCACACCCAAUUUAUAUUGUUAGCAUGAUAUAUCUUGGAAGAAUUGGUGCGUCGAUGGGUGGGCAUUUGAGAAUCAUUAAAAGUUGAUUGAGACGAUAAAAUCUCGCCAGUAACCUUUUCAUUUUGGGACGGAUUUUCAUUUGGCAUUUCACCCUCAUGUUAACCCUUCAAGACUUUAUUUCAUAAUUUCUCAUCACCUAUGACUAUAUGAUUUUUAAUAUAUAUAUAUAUAUAUAUAUAUAUAUAGAUUUCAUUGAAUUUUUCGGUGCAACUAACAGGCAAACAGAGGUUCCGAUGAGAUUCCAGAGACACGAAUGGUUGAAGAAGCUUUCAAAUCGGCAGCAAAGGAGAUUAAUCAAUGGAUAGCUCAACAUGAUGCUACAGCUUCAACAAGCAUCUAA